AUGGAAGUCGAAUUUUCAAACGAAACCUUUCAGUUUGAUUUGAAGAUUGCCAGCUUCGACAUCCCUCCGCUGGCAACGUACCCCAUGUUCUUCUUAGGUCUUCUGCUCUACUUGUUCUCCGUUUGCUGCAACCUGCUCAUACUGGCUUUGAUCAUCAUGCAGAAGAACCUUCACAAACCCAUGUUCAUCAUCCUCUUUAGCCUGCCACUGAACGACCUCAUAGGCAUAACCGCCAUGCUUCCCAGGGUGCUGUCAGACAUCGUGACACAAGCACACUCCGUCUAUUACCCCACAUGCGUUCUUCAGGGAUUCCUGCUCCACAUGUACGGAGGUGGCAUCCUCUUUAUACUCGCAGCCAUGGCGUUUGACAGAUACAUUGCAAUCUGCAAGCCGCUGAGGUACAACUCAAUCAUGACCCCAUCCACUGUGUUGAUCAUCAUAGCAAGUGCCUGGGGUCUCGAUCUUAUUUUGGUUGGAGGCCUUUUUUUCCUUCACAUCGGAAUUCCCAAGUGCAAAAAUUUCAUCUCAAAUGUCUACUGUGACAAUCCAAGUCUGCUCCGCCUCACCUGUGGGAGUGACCUAACCAUAAACAACAUUUACGGGUUGUUUAUCACUGCUACCAUGCAGAUUAUUAGCGUAUCUAUUCAGUUAUUUUCCUACAUACAUAUUCUGGUCACAUGCUUUCUUCAUCGCCAGUCUGACGCCAAGAACAAGGCUUUGAACACCUGUCUGGCUCAGAUAACCGUGUUUCUGCUCUUUGAGAGCGUUUCAACAAUUGCAAUACUGUCAUAUCGCUUUAAGGAUGUCACGCCCAAUGUGCGAAAGGUUUCAGGGAUGCUGAUUUUUCUGGUCCUACCAGUAUGUAAUCCUAUACUGUAUGGGGUGAAAACAAAAGAAAUAAGAACGACGUUAAUAAUGGUGGUGAAAAGGAAAAGAAUUGCCUGUACGUAG